UAUAUAUAUACACGUACACGAAUACUAAACUACAUAAGCAUAUAUAGAAAGAAGAUAUAUUAUUACCAGCUAGCAUGUCGACGGGGAAGUCUGCUAAAAUCUUGGCACAAUCGAAGCCAUAUUUUGCCGUUAUCUUCUUGCAGUUUGGCUAUGCCGGCAUGGCCGUCAUUGCCAAAGCUGCUCUCAACAAUGGCAUGAACCAUUACAGUUUCGCCGUUUACCGGAAUAUCACCGCCGCCGUCGUCUUUGCUCCUUUUGCCUUUUUCUUCGAGAGGAAAAUAAGGCCGAAGAUGACAUUUUCUGUGUUCUGGAAGAUAAUGCUGCUUGGACUGUUGGAGCCAGUCAUCGACCAAAACCUGUACUAUACGGGAAUGAAAUACACAACCGCCACUUUUACAACAGCACUGGGCAACGUUCUACCUGCCAUCACUUUCAUAUUAGCUUGGAUCCUCAGGCUUGAGAAAGUGAAUGUUAGGAAACUACAUAGCCAGGCAAAGAUUUUGGGAACAACAGUGACAAUUGGAGGUGCAAUGAUUAUGACUCUUGUGAGAGGAGGUGUUAUAGGAUUACCUUGGACCAAAGAGGCAAGCCAUGCCCAAUCUGCAAGUGCUGGUAAUACUCAGCAGGAUCCUGUUAAGGGGGCUGCCAUGAUCGCUGCGGGUUGCUGCUGCUGGGCUAGCUUCUACAUCGUUCAGGCGAUUACGUUGAAAUCAUACCCUGCUGGGCUCUCCCUUACUUCCAUGUUAUGCGGGGUAGGGGCAUUGCAAGGCUCUGUAUUGACCUUGGUGGUUGAGAGGGGAAACACUGCAAUCUGGGCUAUACAUUGGGAUACCACACUCUUGGCCUAUAUAUACAGUGGAGUCAUCUGUUCGGGAGUGGCUUACUACAUAUCGGGAGUGGUCAUGAAGGACAAGGGACCUGUAUUUGUUACCGCAUUUAAUCCUCUAAGCAUGAUCAUCGUGGCAAUUAUGGGGUCGUUCAUCUUGGCCGAGCAACUCGACUUUGGAAAGGUUUUCGGAGCAUGUGUCAUUGUAGUCGGGCUUUACCUGGUCAUUUGGGGCUCGAGCAAGGACGAUUCAUCCAAAUCAAGCGGCAAUGAUCUCGAUGCUCCGGUUGAGCAGCAACUCCCCGUGAUUAGGCCUGCAAAUCAUCAAGAACAACACUCUGCAACUCCCCGAGAAGUUCCCGGGGAAGAAUCAGUUUAGUUUACUGCAGAUUAGAGCAAGAAAUAUGUGUGUUCCUGUGUGGAAAGUAGAACAAAAUGUCCAAAUAAGUUCUACUACAUUUUUGAGGUCUAAUGCAAUGCAAUGCACCAUUUCUAUUUUCAAA